UAAUUCUUUGUGGUAGGUAGUGUUGUGUGCAUUGAUAUGCUUAUGCAGAAAUAUAUUAUAUUCCGGUCACAACAUAGAUGUAGAUAUUCAUGUGCGGAUGCUUGUUUCAGGUGAUGGAACACUACUAAGUUGUGGGAGCAACGUCUAUGGUCAGUUGGGCAGAGAAAAACAGGAUUUGGGAUUGUUCACUGUUGACAUAAGCUUCCAUCCCAUGUCCAUGGCAUCAGGGCUUGGCCAUUCUUUGGCAAUUUGCCAGGUUACAUGGGGUUGGAAUCAAAGUUCUCAGCUUGGAAGAGGCGGAUCGGAGAAUAUUCCAUUGGUGGUUGAAGGACUGGAAGGGGAAAUUCCUGUCUCAGUGUCAGGAGGGCGUGUCCAUUCCAUUGCUCUCACAUCCAAGGGAGAAGUGUGGGAUUGGGGUUGUGGUAAGAAUGGAAGGCUUGGGUUAGGAAGCUCCUAUGAUGAAGCUGAACCGAUUUUGCUCGACUCUGUAGAGGGUUGUCAAGUUUUACAAGCUGUGUCUGGAUUUGAUCAUAAUCUUGUCCUGGUUGCCGAAUGAUGUGCUUGACAUAACGAUCGUCAUUGAUUAUUUCUGUGGUUUUGCUUAGGGAUUGUCCUUUUCCGGGCUUCUAUGUUCCAAUGCAUUUGUAAGUCUAUCUAACCUUCCAUUACGAUAUUGAGUAUUCAGAUCAAAGAGAAACAAAAAAUGUAGAUUGUUUUCCUUUGUCAUAGUGGAUUGUGAAUGCGUA